AGAUACAAGCUCUGAGCAUAAGGAGGUCACGAGAGAGGUGUCGCUCGACGCUUUGCCUCUUUCGUAAUGGCAGCUGGGUCCUGCGAAGCUAUGUUCGAUCCAGAGGUCAUUGCAGAAUUGCGGCGACAGUUCCAACAAGCUGACAAAGAUGGCUCUGGGGAGAUCGAUGCGCUGGAGGCGUGCACGCUCUUCGCUCGCAGCUGUGGGGAAGGGGCAUCAGAAGAAGAGAUCCGCAAGACUGCUGAAUCGCUGCGGAACCAGCUGGACACAGAUCGAUCAGGUACCAUUUCCUUCAAGGAGUACUGCUUUCGAUUUGGUCGCCGCUACCAGAUGGAGCGCAACCGCCUCCGGAGGAGCGGUCCCGCUGCCGGCCCAGAGACUGCAGGUCCAGAAGAGGACAAUCUGAAGAAGGAAAGGGAAGAGCUGGAGAGAGAAAGGGAGGCCAUCAGGCAGGAGCGGGAGCGUCUGCAGCUGGAGCGGGAGCGUGAAGCUUUGCGCCGUGAGAGGGAGCUGCUGGAGCAGGACAAGGCGCAAGGAGCGCGUGCGCAGAGUGAGCCACGGGGGCAGCAGGGGCAGCCGCAGGCGCUGGCCGCGGGUGCGGCGGUCCGGGUCUAUGGGCUGCAGGGUGCCCCGGAGCUGAACGGGCGAGAGGCGGUGGUCCAGAGCUUCGAUGAGGCGUCCGGCAGAUACAUUGUGGAGCUCAGUGGUGGUGGAACGAAGAAGAUCAAGGGGGCGAACCUGCGGUUGCAAGACCAAAACGGCCUGUGGCAGCGAUGUGUUGAGACCGCCUCCCACGCUGGGCGUGCCCUGCAGCGUGGCUGCGCCAACGUGCAGGUUUGGGUAGCGCAGUCCGGCUACGAGUGGUGGCAGAUCUUGUUGGGCGUGGCUGUGGUUGUUCUGGUGGUGGCGUCGUGGAUGCAAGCUGGCUCGAGAUACAGGACAAAGUCGCCUACCUCUUCGAGCCGCCGGAACUUCGACAGCGAAUGGAGAGAGCCAAGAGGAGAGGACUUCUACAGCAGCCAGUCUGGCUUUGAUGAUGAUGGCUUUGCUGGCACUCAGGGAGGCUAUGGCAGCCAAAGCUACAGACAACAAGAUGGUGGCCGUGGAUGGAGCUUCGACUUCGGUGGCAUGCAGACGUACCUCAUCCUUGGCGGGCUGGCUGUUCUUUGCUGGAAAGGCAUCAUACCCGUCCAUCGCAUGGCCGCUCAAUGGAACCAGCGCGUUUGUCGCUUGCGGCUCGCGCCUUUUUCGCCGGUCUCUCGGGUUCUCCGGCAAAUAUGGAGGACAAGCCAGACAUAGGACUGGUUUCAGCUGUACAUGCUGUGGAACAUGAUCCAGUCCAGCGGGCUGCUGGGAGGUGGUGGAGGUGGAGGUUACGGCUACCGCCGGCGGAGGGGAAUGUUCUUCUGAGAGAUCUGCGACAAGAAACUGUGUCUGAAGAUUAGGGAGUCCAAGUGGUUGGUUGUUUUUUGUUGCACAUGGGCAUGAGAUCUGUUGUGUGAUGCGCAGGUUUCGUGUCAGGAAUGCUCAAUUAUGGAGGUCAGGUUGCUCCAGGAGUGUGCAGGGAGCACCUUCCUCCCACAAACCGGCCUAUGGCUCGCUCGUCGAG